GAUCCAUCUUGGUGUGUUAUUUUGUUGCCCACAUCUUAUGUUGCUUUACAGAGAGCAUAGUGUGAUUGUAGCCUCAUUUCCAUCGUCUGCAAAAACUAGUGCAUUUGAUCUACGUUGAUAAAUCUGCCUAUGAUCCGUCUCAGUAACAGCAGGGAUAGGACAAGGAGCCAGUGACAACUAAUAAAUAUACACAUCAAUUUCUUCUCGGGGGACCAUGACAUGAGCAUUCGAGGGGACCCAGAGGAACUCCCUUCCGUGAUGCCAACUGUGUUGCAAAUAGUAGUCUGUAGAAAUAGAUAGAAAAACAGUGCGUAUUCUGACUUCUAUUCUUUAGAAAUCAAGGUUUAAAUGAGACAGUGACACGACAACGUGUUUGCACAAGUAUAUACAGAGACCUACAAAACACACCCGCGCUCAUCAGUGACUAAGAUCUAAAAGUCAGUCAUUUUCGUAUUCACUGCAUCUGUCUAGUAGGGUAUUGUUCUGUAUAUUCAAUGAAAAAUCAGUCGAACGUGCAAGUGACUUGCACAAGAAAUUAGUUUUCAAUGGACCAUCAUUGAAAGGUUUCGACAAAUCCUUCAUGUGAGACUAUACGAAAUACGUUAAUGUGAUGUGUAUGUUAUGACUUGUACAACGCAAAAUGCAAUAACCCCUGUACAAAGUAUAGAAUGCAAGAUAUGUUAAAACGUCAGUAUCAAAGAAAACAGAAUCUUCUGAUAUGGUAACUUCAGUGAAGGAAAUAUUGGUUAAUGGUGUUACCAAUUAGUAACUAGACAGACAAUAAAAUGGUAAUGAUUUGGAUACCUUAAUACAUUUACAGAGAAAUGAAAAGUUCAUCUAUGUAAGCGUAUAUUCCAUCUCGCCAUAAAUAUGGACAAGAUGACACUCAUUUAAUCGACUAAAUCAUGUCUGCUGAUGCAUUCUAUGUUGUUUAUUGUUUAAUCCCUAUGUAGAUCUACUAUAUAUCCUUGUACAACCUAAAACACUUGCAUAUAAAUGUUACCUGUGCACAAAAUUUAACCAAAUUCAAUGUCAACUCUUAUAGAAUCUUCAGAUAAGUAUAUGGUGUUCUGUUCAGACCACUCGCUCUUUCGCAUUUAGGACAAAGAUACGAAGGAGAGGACUGCGAGGGUGAAGGCGUAAACUGCGGGGGUGAAGGCGUGAACUGUGAGGGUGAAGGUGUGAACUGUGAGGGUGAAGGUGUGGACUGCGAGGGUGAAGGCGUGAAUUGUGAGGGUGAAGGAGUGAACUGUGAGAGUGAAGGGGUGAACUGUGAGGGUGAAGGCGUAAACUGUGAGGGUGAAGGAACGAACUGCGAGGGUGAAGGCGUGGACUGCGAAGGUGAAGGAGUGAACUGUGAGGGUGAAGGCGUGGACUGCGAGGGUGAAGGCGUGAACUGUGAGGGUGAAGGAGUGAACUGUUAGAGUGAAGGCGUGAACUGUGAGGGUGAAGGCAUGGACUGUGAGAGUGAAGGCGUGAACUGUGAGGGUGAAGGAGCGAACUGCGAGGGUGAAGGCGUGAACUGCGAGGGUGAAGGCAUGAACUGCGAGGGUGAAGGGGUGAACUGUGAGGGUGAAGGCGUGAACUGUGAGGGUAAAGGAAUGAACUGUGAGGGUGAAGGAGCGAACUGUGAGGGUGAAGGCGUGGACUGUCAGAAUGAAAGCGUGAACUGUGAGGGUGAAGGCGUGAACUGCGAGGGUGAAGGAGUGAACUGCGAGGGUGAAGGCGUGAACUGUGAGGGUGCAGGAGCGAACUGUGAGGGUAAAGGCGUGGACUGCGAGGGUGAAGUCGUGAACUGUGAAGGUGAAGGAAUGAACUGUGAGGGUGAAGGAGCGAACUGCGAGGUUGAAGGCGUGAACUGUGAGGGUGCAGGAGCGAACUGUGAGGGUAAAGGCGUGGACUGCGAGGGUGAAGGCGUGAACUGCGAGGGUGAAGGCGUGAACUGUUAGGGUGAAGACGUGAACUGUGAGGGUGAAGGAAUGAACUGCGAGGGUGAAGGAGCGAACUGUGAGGAUGAAGGAGCGAACUGUGAAGGUGAAGGAAUGAACUGCGAGGGUGAAGGAGCAAACUUCGAUAGCUUCUUCGCGAAAGGAAUAUUUGAUAAACACUUGCACAAAUCUUCUGACACCCCCGCCCCCGAAUCCACACAUGUCCAAGGUGGAAUGACUUGAUUAUGAAGUUACACGAAUGCUGAAUGAUAAUUGUAUUUUUGUCAUUUACGUGUCUAUAAACUGUCAUUUCUAAUGGUACUCAGUUUAAUAAUUUACAAACAAUAAAUGAUUGUCCCCAGUCUCAUUGAUUUGAAAUAAAUCAUAUAUCAAUCACGUGACACAGGGCUGAUGCAGUGCAUUCUAUUCCUAUUGAAAUUCUGUGGAUCAUUGAAUCUGAAAGCAACAUGAAAACCUCUGAACAGUAAAUAAGCUAGAUAAACUAACUCUAGGAGUUUAAUCUCUUCGUUCAAUUUCAGGAUAAAGUUUUAUGAAAUUGGUAAAUUUUUGACUAUUUUCUUCCCGGAAUUGGCUCCAGAUUAUAGGAAUUGCCACCUUUUAUUAGGAGAGCAAGCCUCCGUCCGCGCUCUACCCCUCAUCGCUUCACGAGUCGAUCAGCUACAUGUACCUAUGGUAGAUGAAGGUGAACAUUUCUAGAUCCGCCUCUGAGCUAGACAUGCUCAUAUCGAAACUUCUUGGAUGCGAGGAGAUAAUGUGUAUAUACCAGUAAUCAUAAAAAAA